AUGACUAUAGUUAAGUUGAGUACCAUUCUUACUUUAUUCAUUUCAAAUAUAUUUUUUACUUUAGCCUAUGAUUUGGAGAAUCCAAAAAAUAAUAUCAAAUAUUAUUCUUCAAUAAUUAAUUCUGGGCUAGUUAAAUUUGUUCAUUAUUGCGAUCAGUUAUUACAAUCUGACAAUGCAACUGGAAGACUAGCAAUUAGAAAACUAUCGGAUAUUCACUCUGAAAUAGAUGCCUCGAGGAGUGGCAUACAAGAUGAUGAAUUAAAUAUUGCAGUAAAAACCAAUACUAUCGGUUUAAGUCCUUCUUACUCAAAGGGAUUGGUACAUAUUCCAAAAGAAAGUAAGGCUGUACCGUUACAUCAUAGAAUGAAACUUAAGUACGAGAAUUUUGAACUGGGAAAUGAUAUUCAAUUUCACUUUCCUAGAAUAAAAUAUUUGAAAAAAACAUUGCCAAGUAUUACAAUAGAGCCAUACCAACGAGUUAUGAGCUUUGCAAUAGAAGUUUGCAUGAUUCCAUCUAUUUGGUAUUUGGAAUUAAUUCACUGCAUGUAUAUGGGAAUGGCCCAGUACUAUACAGGAAUUGUCAUGAGUUAUAGUCUGCAAGAUUUAGUUGGGUCCGCGAUUAUGUCUAUUGGGUAUAAGGAUGAAAGUUUCUCUAUAGAAAAUUGUUAUUAUUCUGUUUCAUUGGUUGCGGAUGACCAAAUUUCCAAAAAUUAUAUUGAAAUUUGCAAAAGAAUGGAAAAAUGUUUGAAAUCUGGGCCACUCUCUGAAGGCCCAUUUUCUGAAUUCAGAACUGAGUUUGAAGAAAGAAUAAAAAAGGUCUAUUCUCUUUUAAAAUGGAAGAGUGGUGAUCUUUCCCCUAUUCAGUUCUCAAAGUAUUCAUUAUUAUAUUCUUUAUAUUUUGUAAAAAGCCGAAUGAACCUUAAAUCAUUUCAUCCAGAAAAAAACUUUCUUCCUAUUAGAAUGAUGAUAUCUUCAUUGGGAAUUUACUGUAUUAGUGGAUUGAAAAAUGAUCCACCAAAAAAAUUUAAAAUUGUUGAGACAGUGGCAAAGUUGGUUUCAGAAGGUAUCAUGUCAUCAUUAGACUCAUUUGACAUUAACUGCCCAUUUGAAGUGCUACCACUUCUUAAAUUUGACUUAUCUAUGAUUGUCGCAGAAUCUUUUUGUAGAGAAAUUUUUUCUAUUGGAUUUAUUGAUGAAGACAUCAUUUCAAAUAAGGCAGAUAAUUUUAUAACAAUAACUAAGCCCUUUAGAAUUUUAAUCCCUUCAUACUCCUCUGUAAUUCCAAAAAUGCAGCAUAACCUUAGAUUUGAUAAAUAUAGCACUGACUGGAUGGAUUUUGUUAGUACUGAAGAAAUUGUAUUUAACAGGGGAAUAGAAGGAAACAAAAGGAGGAAGGUUUUUACAUCAAAGACUUUAAAAAAUACUAAAAAAAUGAACCCUAAUGGAAUAAGAAACAGGUUUGAGGCUUAUAGAACUGGUGAAAAAAAAACUAAGCUGUCUAAAAGGGCAAAAUAUAUAUUUACAAAAGGCAAAAAAAGAUCUGAUAUAAUUUCUAGGCAUGUUUCAGGGCAAUAA